AUGCCCGGCAAGGAAGUGAGGAAGGGCGCCAAGCCCGCCGCCAAGCCCGCCGCCAAGCCCGCCGCGAAGGCUGCCGCGAAGCCUGCCGCCAAGGCUGCGGCGCCCUACAAGAAGGAGAAGUCGGCGGCCCCCUCGCCCUUCGUGGCGCGGCCGAAGAACUUCGGCAUUGGCCACGAUGUCCCGUACGCCCGCGACCUUUCCCGCUUCAUGCGGUGGCCCACGUUCGUGACGAUGCAGCGGAAGAAGCGUGUGCUGCAGCGCCGUCUGAAGGUGCCGCCGGCGCUCCACCAGUUCACGAAGGUGCUCGACCGCUCCAGCCGCAACGAGCUGCUGAAGCUGGUGAAGAAGUACGCCCCCGAGACCCGCAAGUCCCGCAAGGAGCGUCUGUCGAAGGUGGCCGAGGAGAAGAAGAACAACCCGAAGAAGACGGUGUCGACGAAGGCCCCG